CGUUUAUCGUUGUCAAAACAAAUCGCAAACUGACGACGCGCUCCACAACAAAUCGAACAGAAUCCAAUCAAUAUUUUUCAUAUUUUACAAAGAAAGAUGUUUCGAUUUAUUUAGUUCCGUGACACAUUUGUUAAAACGAUACUGAAAAUAUGAACAGUGAACCGACGAUGCAUUCCAAAACCAUCAAAUCGAAAGACCCAUCUCUUGGGUCGUACUACAUUCUGUGUUUUCUGCGCGUGGCGAUGGUCUUUAUUCCGCAAGUGGGCUACAUCCAUCCGGAUGAGUUUUUCCAAUCGGUGGAAGUGGUGGCCGGGGACGAGUACGGCUUGGAGGUAACCCGCACGUGGGAGUUCAACAGCACCUUCCCAAUCCGUUCGAUGGCGAUUCCGUACUUUGGGAUGAAGUUGCCAUUUGGGGUGCUCCGGUUCUGGUCGAUGUAUACGAAGUACUAUUUUAACAUCAACCUGAGGGGAAGCUACGCCACGUUGGUGUUUCCGCGGUUGCUGAUGGUGAUGCUUUCCUUCGUCAACGAUUGGAGCUUACGGAAGAUUUGCGAGGCGUACGGUUUGCAGAGUCAGUUCCGAUUGAUGACGCUGGCUAGUUCGUACGUGAUGUUGGUUUAUUCAACGAGAACGUUUACCAACUGUAUUGAGAUGGCUUUGUGCUCGGCACUGCUGUACAUAGUGAGUGAUUGUAUGAUCCAUUCGAAUACGGUGAUUUACCAAAAGGAAUUUCUUGAGGAGAAGUAUCAAAAAGCAAAGAACACAGUAGAAAAGGUGAAGCUGUUCAAACUUAAAAUGUCGCUUCCAUCGCAUUCGUUGAAUAAGUGCGUACUGAUGGCUACUCUUUGCGUGGCUGGCGUUUUCAAUAGACCAACCUUUUUUCUAUUCGGACUGCCGUUGGUGUUCCACUGGUUGUUGCGAGGAAUGGGAACCAGAACGGUUUCGUUUGCGGAUUUCAACAUUCGGAUCAUUACGUUUGUGCUGUCGUCAAUCCCAUCUUUGGUUUUCUUCAUUCUAGUGGAUUCUUUCUACUACGGAUAUAUAACACCAGCUGAAGUUGAGCGGUUAGAUAUCUCAAUCAACAAUUUUGUUGUAACUCCUUUGAACUUCAUUCGAUACAACAUAAAUCCAGAGAAUACGCAACAGCAUGGCGUGCAUCCCUACUAUCUGCACUUGAUGGUCAACAUUCCCAUUUUAUACAAUGUUCUUGGAGUCAUCGCAGUACUAUCGUUUUUAGUCAUGCUACAUAAGCUUGCUUCAAAUGAAUACACAAGCCUCCCUCGAGCCCAAUCAUUUGUAGGGCUUAUGCUAUGCGCAAUAUUUUUCCCAAUCAUCAUGCUUUCAUUUUUUAACCAUCAAGAACCAAGAUUUUUGCUUCCGAUCACCCUCCCGCUAAUUCUGCUGCACGCCCCAAAACUCAAGACUGGAUUCUGUUCAUCAUAUCCUUUCCAAACCAAAUCCUUUCUGAAAGACUUUAUCUACGACCAUUUUCUGUGCACACGCAUGAGUUCGCGCUAUCUGCUCCGAGUCUGGUACUCAACGAACAUCGUUCUGACCAUAUUCUACGGAUUCGUCCACCAAGGAGGAGUCUACCAGUUGGCCGAACACCUCAGCCGCCAGCUCGAAAUCCGGUCCGCUACAACGCACAUCCACCUCGCAACCAGCCACAUCUACAGCAUGCCCCAAUGCUUCCUCAAUCUACCCAGCAGCAACACCCUGCUUGUCAACCCGGAAAACGGACAAAAGUAUCGCCGGGGAAAACGCUUCUUCCUGUACGAAUACGGCAGCACAAAUCUGAACGAACUCUACUCCCGCAUGAAGGCCAUCAUCGAUUCGUGCGAAGUGAAGCAGUACAGUUCCAACCAGCGCUACCUACUCUACCUUGCCAUUCCGUCCUCGCUGUCCGAAGAUCUCAACGAAGUAUUCCACAACCGAUCGUCCGUCCUCCUGAAGCACACCCAAAGCAAGGUGUUCUAUCCGCACCUCUCGAUCGAAGCCAUGCCCAAGCUACUGGGUCAGCAUCCCUGUGGCAUCAAUACCGACCUGGACGAUCUCGGCGACACGUGCCCGAUCUACGCGUACGACGACGAACAGCAGAAUCCCUACUCGACGGGUCGAAUCCUGAAGCAGUUUAGCUCGCUGGUGCACCAGUUUGGGCUGAUUCUGUACCGGAUCGAGGUGCGCAAGCGAAUCAAAUAACAACCGAUCAACAGUGCGAUCGUUUGGGUCGGGCAACGGGACGUGCGAAGCUAGUCAUUUUUUUUAUGUGGUAGAUGUGUAAAUAGACGUGAUCAUUCUUAUGCUUAAUUUUAAAACUGCUCUACACUAAGUUUUGUUGGAGUACCAUUCCUAGAACACAAUUGCUAGUUUUUAAGGACCGCCUGUUAAGUUAUAUUUUAUUAAAAUUUUCAAUAAAUCAAUAAAAUAA